AUGUAUUUAUUUCUUCCUUGCAUUGCCUGCACUACUUGCGAGGAAGUUCUAGAUCUGCCUGAGAAAAGUAAAUUAAAUCUCAACGAUUUAAAAGCGAUGAAGCCUAAUGAAACAGUGAAAUGUUUGACACAUCUAACAAGACAUAAACUAUCACCAGCGGAAGCCAAAUUCAUUUGGAUUAAAAUUGUUGACCUCUAUAACGGCACCCAAAACAUUCCAGAUGAUGUUCUUAAAGAACUGCAUUGGGUGAUCACUGUUGUGACUCCAGAAGAAUUCUCUAAUUUAACAUUGAGCAAUAUAGAAGUUAUAAGUACUCUAGGCGUCGAUUACGGACUUUCACAGGCGCAACUAGACGCCAUAGCGGACCGUGUCAGAGAAGACUUUGGAGGAAAACAACCAGAGGACUACACUAGUUAUGAUUUGAUAGGACUCCGACAAAUACUAUGUGCUUUCAAUGCUAGUGAAAUAGAUAGAAUCCAUCCAAAAGCAUACAAAGAAGCUGCAUCUGUAAUCGGAAAUCUUAAGAACUGUGAUUAUGAAGUUUUGAAGGCUUUUGCUGCAUUGGCUAUCCAGAAAUCUGCUUUCGGUCCACCAAGGUUUUGGACCAAUGGGACCUUACAAAUUUUAGGCGCUGUAGCAAAUUUCUUCCCAAAGGAGUUCGUCAAUUCUAUAAAAUCAAGCAACAACGGCACUAAAUCAUAA